UGCCUUUCGCUGAGAGGAUUUCUUCUGUUCUCAUCGAUCAAUGGCAGGGCUCCACUACAAGUAUUUGAUCCUCGGAGGAGGAGUAGCAGCGGGAUAUGCUGCUAGGGAAUUUGCAAAGCUUGGCGUCGGUCCGGGAAAGUUGGCGAUCAUCUCGAAAGAGGGGGUUGCUCCUUAUGAGAGACCAGCACUUAGCAAGGCAUACCUAUUCCCACAAGGUGCUGCAAGAUUGCCUGGUUUUCAUGUAUGUGUUGGGAGCGGUGGAGAGAAAUUACUUCCUGAAUGGUAUUCGGAGCAAGGCAUAGAGCUGAUCCUGAGCACUGAAAUUGUGAAAGCUCAACUUUCUGAGAAGACUCUCACCAGUGCGGCUGGUGCAACUUUCACCUUUGACAAUUUGGUCAUUGCUACUGGUUCAUCGGUCAUAAAGUUGACCGACUUUAGCGUUGAAGGGGCAAAUGCCAACAAUAUAUUAUACUUGAGGGAGAUUGAUGAUGCUGAUAAGCUUCUGGAAGUCAUAAAGAGCAAGAAGAAUGGGAAGGCUGUGAUUGUUGGAGGUGGAUACAUUGGUCUUGAACUUGGUGCAGCACUCAAACUAAAUGAUCUAGAUGUCACAUUGGUGUACCCUGAGCCCUGGUGCAUGCCUAGGCUCUUUACUGCUGGAAUUGCUGCUUUUUACGAGAAAUAUUAUGCAAACAAGGGAAUUAAAAUAAUCAAGGGGACCGUGGCAGAUGGGUUUAACUCUGAUGCUAAUGGCGAUGUUAGUGCAGUAAAACUGAAGGAUGGAAGAGUGCUAGAUGCUGAUAUUGUUGUUGUUGGAGUUGGUGCAAGACCUCUUACAACACUUUUCAAAGGCCAAGUUGAUGAAGAGAAAGGAGGAAUUAAGACUGAUGGCUUCUUCAAAACGAGCGUCCCCGGCGUUUAUGCUGUGGGUGAUGUUGCCACAUUUCCUCUGAAAUUAUACAACGAGCUGAGAAGAGUAGAGCAUGUUGAUCAUGCAAGAAAAUCUGCAGAACAGGCCGUAAAGGCAAUCAAGGCAGCUGAAGAAGGCGUUGUUAUUGAUGAAUAUGAUUACCUCCCAUACUUCUAUUCUCGUGCAUUUGAUUUAUCAUGGCAAUUCUAUGGAGACAAUGUCGGCGACUCGGUUCUAUUUGGCGACAGCGAUCCAUCGUCUGCGAAGCCAAAAUUUGGCUCUUACUGGGUCAAAGACGGGAAGGUUGUUGGUGUGUUUCUGGAAUCCGGUUCGCCGGAGGAGAACAAGGCCAUUGCUAAGGUCGCCAGGUCCCAUCCACCAGCCGCAGACUUGGAUCAGCUCAAGAACCAAGGACUUUCUUUUGCGUCCAAGUUGGAGUGAUUAGGUGAGUCCCUGACCUCCCUGUUGUCGUAAUAAAAAUCAUUUGGUAUGAUAGAAUCAUACAGUUAACUGGCUUUUUAUUUAAUUUAAAUAGACAUGUUGGUUUUGUAUGUUGGAUUAUUGUUUAUUAUGUUUUGUCAUGGUUUUUAAGCUUCUUAGA